AUGCACCACGCCUACAUCACUCCCUCCCAAACCCACCACGGCCACGGCCACGGCCACGGCCACGGCCCGGCCACCCCCAAGUCCCCCUCCUCCGCCCCGGCGGCGGCGGCGGCGGCUGCGACGACGGCGUCGUCGGCGUUCACGGUGAUCUGCGUGCUCCACUCCCUGAUCGCGCUCUUCUGCGGCUCCCUCAUGAUGUUCCACGCCCGGGCCAUCUACUCCCUCGGCCACGGCACCGACGCCGCUGAGCGCCUCCUCGGGUCCACCCCGCAGGACCGCCUCCUGAUCAGCACCUCCGACUCCUUCGCCGGCCUCCUGCUCCUCGCCAUCGGCCUCCUCCUCCUCAUGGUGUCCAACAUCAAGGACCGGGAGUUCCAGGACUUCUUCGCCAAGGGCUGCACGGUGCUGCACGUGUUCGUGGCGGUGUGGAGGGUGUCGUUCGAGCGGGGGGUGGAGGACCUCGCCGGGGACUGCCUCCGGCAGACGGUGGGGGACUUCCUGCUGGCCCUGUCGUGGCUCCUCUUCGUUGUCUACUCCUGGAGGGAGAAGUACGACUGA